UCCAUUUCCGGGCGCCAGCAUCGCAUUUCUCAAAAGGACAAAACCUCGUGGUUUUCCCGAAGAGCAAUGGCUACCUACAGCCUGGCGAACGAGCGACUACGCGCCCUGGAGGACAUAGAACGGGAAAUCGGCGCCAUCCUCCAAAAUGCAGGGACCGUGAUCCUAGAGCUGUCGAAGGAGAAAACCAACGAGCGACUUCUCGACCGGCAGGCGGCAGCCUUCACCGCCUCGGUGCAGCACGUGGAGGCCGAGCUGUCGGCUCAGAUCCGCUACCUCACCCAGGUGGCUACGGGACAACCCCAUGAAGGCUCCAGUUACUCUUCCAGGAAGGACUGUCAAAUGGCUCUAAAACGUGUAGAUUAUGCCCGCCUCAAGCUCGGUGAUGUGGCCCGAACCUGUGAGCAGAUGCUGGAGAACUGAGGCAAUGAGGAGAACCCAGAACAUGGAGGGAGGCUGUGACCUGUGCCCAGAGGCAGUUGGAGACCCACAGGACCCACAGGACGAGGACUACAUACUGACAUACAUAUGUGCCCUCAUGUGCAGAGGAGAUUAGGACAAGGGGGCAGAACAUGGAAAUGGAGAAACGAAAGCCCAAGCCUGCCUACACUUGUGCCCUGGCUCCUCCAGCAGAUUGCUCCUGCUUUCCACUACACAAGCUCAGACUGGAGUUGGUGACUCAGUGGGUUGGACCAACCCACUUCCUCAUGAACAUCAUGCUCCAGCCCCAGGCUUCCUGAAGAUUUGGUCCAAUGAACAAUAUUCUACAUUGUUGCAAGACACAAAAACAAGAACUACUGGUUUCAGUAAUAAAAGCAGUAACACUUUUA